GGCGCUCCCGGGCGGCCCGACUGCGCAGGCGCCGCUUCCGCGCCAACAUGGCGGCCGUGUUGUUGCUGCUGCGCGCCCUCGGUCGGGGCCCGACUUUGGGGCCUGGGCGGCUGCGGGGCUCCUGCUCGGGCUGGAGCCCAGGCCUCACCACCGGGGUCGGGAGGAGAUGCCAGCACUUCGCCUACAGGCCUCCGAUCCGACUCGCGGGGGCCGGAGGCCAAGCCAAGCAGAGCUUGCACCUGUGCCUGCCGACCCCUCCCUGGGACAGGUUCCCGGGACUGCUGUGCAAACAGCAUCUAGUCCAGCAUCCAGCCCGGCUCUGGGAACUCUUAGGUGCCACUUACUAUUUCAACACCUCCAGGCUGAGGCAGAAGACUAAGGACGGUAACACACCCAAGGGGAGGAGCCCUGAGGAUGAUGAAGAGGAGCGGAGACGCAAGGAGCGAGAGGACCAGAUGUACCGCGAGCGGCUGCGUACCUUGUUUGUCAUCGCCGUGAUCAUGAGCCUGCUGAACGCGCUCAGCACCGGCGGCGGCAACAUUUCCUGGAACGACUUUGUCCACGAGAUGCUGGCCAAGGGCGAGGUGCAGCGGGUGCAGGUGGUGCCAGAGAGCGACGUGGUGGAGGUGUACCUGCACCCCGGAGCCGUGGUGUUCGGGCGGCCUCGGCUGGCCUUGAUGUACCGGAUGCAGGUGGCAAACAUCGACAGGUUCGAGGAGAAGCUGCGAGCUGCCGAAGACGCUCUGAACAUCGAAGGCCAGGACCGGAUCCCGGUCUCCUAUAAGCGGACGGGAUUCUUCGGGAAUGCCCUCUACGCCCUGGGGAUGACCGCAGUGGGCCUGGCCAUCCUGUGGUACGCGUUCCGACUGGCUGGGAUGACUGGAAGGGAAGGAGGACUCAGCGCCUUUAAUCAGCUCAAAAUGGCUCGUUUCACGAUUGUGGACGGCAAGAUGGGGAAAGGAGUCAGCUUCAAAGAUGUAGCAGGAAUGCAUGAAGCCAAACUGGAAGUCAAAGAGUUUGUGGAUUAUCUGAAGAGCCCAGAGCGCUUCCUUCAGCUUGGUGCUAAAGUCCCAAAAGGCGCGCUGCUGCUCGGGCCCCCCGGCUGCGGGAAAACGCUCCUGGCCAAGGCGGUGGCGACGGAGGCCCGGGUGCCCUUCUUGGCGAUGGCUGGCCCAGAGUUCGUGGAGGUCAUCGGAGGCCUCGGCGCGGCCCGCGUGCGGAGCCUCUUCAAGGAAGCCCGGGCCCGAGCGCCCUGCAUCGUGUACAUCGAUGAGAUCGACGCCGUGGGCAAGAAGCGCUCCACCGCCAUGUCCGGCUUCUCCAACACGGAGGAGGAGCAGACGCUCAACCAGCUCCUGGUGGAGAUGGACGGAAUGGGCACCACGGACCAUGUCAUCGUCCUGGCAUCUACCAACCGAGCUGACAUCUUGGACAACGCCCUGCUGAGGCCUGGCCGGCUGGAUCGACACGUCUUCAUUGACCUUCCCACGCUGCAGGAAAGGCGGGAGAUUUUUGAGCAGCACCUGAGGAGCCUGAAGCUGACCCGGGCCAGUGGCUUCUACUCCCAGCGCCUGGCAGAGCUGACCCCGGGGUUCAGCGGUGCCGACAUUGCCAACAUCUGUAACGAGGCCGCGCUGCACGCUGCGCGAGAAGGCCACACGUCCGUCCACACGUUCAACUUCGAGUACGCCGUGGAGCGAGUCAUUGCCGGGACCGCCAAAAAGAGCAAGAUCCUCUCAAAAGAAGAACAGAAGGUGGUGGCGUUCCACGAGUCAGGCCAUGCCCUGGUCGGCUGGUUGCUGGAGCACACGGAGGCCGUGAUGAAGGUCUCCAUCGCCCCGCGGACAAACGCAGCACUGGGCUUCGCUCAGAUGCUUCCGAGAGACCAGCACCUCUUCACCAGGGAGCAGCUGUUCGAGCGGAUGUGCAUGGCCUUGGGGGGCCGCGUGUCGGAGGCCAUCUCCUUCAACAAAGUCACUUCUGGGGCCCAGGAUGACCUAAGGAAGGUCACCCGCAUUGCCUACUCCAUGGUGAAGCAGUUUGGGAUGGCUCCAAACAUCGGGCCUGUGUCCUUUCCCGAGGCGCAGGAGGGCGUGCCAGGAAUUGGACGGCGCCCCUUCAGCCAAGGCCUCCAGCAGAUGAUGGAUCACGAAGCUAAACUGCUGGUGGCAAAGGCCUACAGGCACACGGAGCAGGUGCUGCGGGACAACCUGGACAAGCUGCAGGCGCUGGCGAACGCGCUGCUGGAGAAGGAGGUGAUAAACUACGAGGACAUCGAGGCCCUCAUCGGCCCGCCGCCGCACGGGCCCAAGAAGAUGAUCGCGCCGCAGCGGUGGAGCGAGGCCGAGAGGGAGACGCAGGACACCGGGGAGGACGAGGCACCUCAGCAGCCCCCAUUCCAGGGGGAGGAGCCAUCUUGGCCCAAAUAGGAACCUCCCCCUGGCCCUCUCUGGUCUCUGAAAGCUCCUGAGAUCUAUUUAUUGACGGCCCUCCUUAGGAGAAGUAAACGUUUUUGCAGAUGA